AUGGCGCGAAGAUCGCUGGCAGAGCAGUAUGCUGAAUUGGAUGAUCCUACUCCUAAAGAUUUCGACCCCGAGGAUUUGGAGCGCGCCGGUCCGGACAGCGACGAUGAUGAGAGCGGUCGAGAUGUCGAUGAGAAUGCCGGUAGAGAGCAUUAUCAAGCUGUAGGCAAAGCGAAGCUUCGGAAACAGGACCCAAUCACCCUGGGAAAGCAGUAUGCCGGCUCCAAGGUCAGCAGAGACGCCCUCGAGGCUGAGAGCGAUGACGAUCCGUUCAAAGCGCGUUCCGGGGACGAGGAGAGCGACAGUGAUGAUGACGAUGAGGAAGAGGGUCUCGAGCUGGGGAGCGACGAAGAUGACGACGAGGGCUCUGAGGAAAGUGAAGAGGAGGCACCUAAGAAGUCCAAUAUCUCUGGGAAGAAGGGAAAGCGGGAUGUGGAUCUCGACAUGGAAACCGAUGGGUCGGACGAACUUGAAGGGAGCGAGGAAGGCUCUGAUGAGGACGAGCUGCCCUCUGAUAUGGACGAUGACGACGACGAUGAGGACGACGACGAGGAGGAGGACGAUGAGGAUGAAGACGAAUCCGAGGACGAGGAACAAUCCAAACCCUCCAAACGUCGCGUCAAAUUCAACGAGUCCGCCAAAUCCGAUGACCGGGACGAGCUGCGCCGACUGAUGGCCACCGACCAGAAGAGCAUCGCGGCCACCAUCUCGCAAGCCGCCAAGUCCGACGCGAUCAAGGGCAAAGCCGUCAAGCAACAGCGCGCCACCUUCGACGCCCUUCUCAACACCCGCAUCAAGCUCCAGAAGGGCCUGACGGUCAUCAACCAGCUCUCGCUCGCCGACCAGGACACGGAGAGCGCCGACGGCGAAGCCAUCAAAUCCGCCGAAUCGGCCGCCCUGGCCCUCUGGUCCACCCUGGAAGACCUGCGCCUGGCCCUAGCCGACGCGCACUCCCCGGACGAGUCCAAGAAGCGAAAGAGACCCUCGGCCGCCUCGCCGAGCACGUCCUCGGCCUCGCUAUGGAAGCGCAUGACCGACCUGGAAUCCGACUCGAACACCCACCGCCGCGCCAUCCUGGACAAAUGGUCCUCCAAGGUGCGCGGCUCCAACGCCGCGGCGGCGCCGAACGCUCGCGGAAAGCUUCUGGGCGCCGCGACCGGCAGCCAGCAGACCAUCACCGCCGUUUUGGACGCCCAGGUUGCGUCCGAGACCGGCGACCGCGCUGCGAAGCGUGCGCGCGCCUCGAAUGGUGCCAGCGAGGACCGCGAGCCUGUCUACGACGACACCAUCUUCUACCAAUCGCUGCUGCGGGAUCUCGUCGAACAGCGCAUGUCCUCGUCCGAUGCCAUCACCAACGGCAUCGAUACCUUGCAUAUCCAGCUGCCGUCUCGUCUUUCCUCGAUUCACCCGGUCACCGGCAUGCGCAAGGAUAAGGUCAAGAGGGACAUUGACACUCGUGCGUCCAAGGGCCGGAAGAUGAAGUUCGACGUUCACGAGAAAUUGCAGAACUUCAUGGCCCCCGAGGACCGCGGUUCGUGGACAACCCACGCCCGAGAGGAGUUCUUUGCGUCGCUGCUUGGAAAGACUGCCAGUGGUCUACUAGGAGAAGACGAUGAGGAGGAUGCGAGUGGCGCUGAGAGUGAUGAGGAUCGGGAAGAAGGCGGAUUGAGGCUCUUCCGGAGCUAG